AUGUUAACUAAACUAGGGGUCUCAAGUGGACCUUCCUCUGGGAGGAAAGAUCCCUCUCAAGCAUCUGACUAUCCACCAGACAGAUGCCCUCCCAAUGGGGAAAGGCUUCUUUUGGGAUGGGAUAGGAUGAAGGAGGGGGAUAUCGGAGCCCUAUCUGGAGAAGAAGGGAAGCGUGUAGCCUUACCUGCGGUUGUGUCAUUUCUGAUUGUCGAAGCAGGUGCGGAUUAUGACUUGGCCUGUCCCAUGACUCGUUCUGCUCUGCUAAGGCUGGGCUUUUUUUUUCUUUUUUCACCAUUUUCCCUCUCCAUAACGAUGAGGAUUAUCCGUGUCAACAUCAACAUGGCGGUACAAUCACUUGUGAGUAAAAAGAAGAAAAGUUUUAUUGGUUUACCGGCACCUCUUGGUUAUGUGCCGGGUUUAGGACGAGGAGCCACUGGAUUUACUACCCGGUCGGAUAUUGGUCCUGCCCGAGAUGCAGAUGACAUUUCAGAUGACCGACAUGCUCCUCCUAACAAGAAAAAAAAAGAUGACAAAGAUGAUGAUGACGAUGAAGAUCUGAAUGAUGCCAAUUAUGAUGAGUUUGCUGGCUAUGGAGGCAGUUUAUGUAGUAAAGAUCCAUACGACAAAGAUGAUGAAGAGGCAGAUGCAAUAUAUGAUGCAAUUGACAAACGAAUGGAUGAGAAACGCAAAGAGCGUCGAGAGCAGAAAUUAAGGGCAGAACUGGAAAGAUAUCGUCAGGAACGGCCAAAGAUUCAGCAGCAGUUUUCAGACCUCAAGAGGGAGUUGGCUAGUGUCUCAUAUGAUGAUUGGAUGAACCUACCAGAAGUGGGAGAUGCUCGAAAUAAGCGACAACGGAAUCCAAGGGCGGAAAAGUUCACUCCACUCCCUGAUAGUUUGCUUGCUAAGGCUGCAUCUUCAACAACAUCAAACACAUCAGUGGAUGCCAGAGAACAGACCUAUGGUGGUUUAGAUACGCCAUUUAGUGGCCCAACUGGAUUUUCUACUCCGAGUGGAGAUAUUGACAUGAAGAAAAUUGGCCAAGCUCGUAACACUCUGAUGGAUAUCAAGUUAACUCAGGUGUCUGAUUCGGUGAGUGGUCAAACUGUGGUUGAUCCAAAAGGCUAUCUCACUGAUCUGCAGUCCAUGUUACCUUCUCAUGGUGGUGAUAUCAAUGAUGUCAAGAAGGCUCGUUUAUUGCUCAAAUCUGUCCGAGAAACAAAUCCCAAACAUCCACCUGCCUGGAUUGCUUCUGCUCGACUGGAAGAGGUCACUGGCAAGGUGCAAGCUGCUAGAAAUCUCAUCAUGAAAGGAUGUGAAGAGUGUCCUAAAAGUGAAGAUAUUUGGCUGGAGGCUGCCAGGCUUAUGCCUGGUGACCAAGCAAAAGCUGUGGUUGCACAAGCUGUUCGCCAGUUACCACUUUCCGUACGACUUUUCAUCAAAGCUGCUGAUUUGGAAACUGAACUCAAAGCUAAGAAAAGGGUUUUCAGAAAAGCUUUGGAACAAAUCCCAAACUCAGUACGUCUGUGGAAAGCUGCUGUAGAAUUAGAAGAUGUGGAAGAUGCACGAAUUAUGUUGAGCAGGGCAGUCGAGUGCUGUCCCACUAGUGUUGAGCUGUGGCUUGCCCUGGCUCGCCUGGAGACUUAUGAAAAUGCCCGUAAGGUGUUGAAUAAAGCUCGUGAGAAUAUCCCUACCGACCGCCAGAUUUGGGUGACUGCUGCAAAACUGGAAGAGGCUCAGGGUAAUAACCAUAUGGUUGAGAAAAUCAUUGAAAGGGCUUUGCAUUCACUGAAAGCCAACAUGGUGGAAAUAAACAGGGAACAAUGGAUUCGUGAUGCUGAAGAUUGUGAAAAGGCCAACAGUAUUCGUACUUGUCAGGCAAUUGUUCGUGCUGUUAUUGGAGUUAAUGUUGAAGAGGAAGACCGUAAACAUACCUGGAUGGAAGAUGCUGAGUCUUGUGCACUCCAUGGUGCUUACGAAUGUGCUAGAGCCAUUUAUGCCUAUGCUUUGUCAGUAUUUCCCAGCAAAAAAAGUAUUUGGCUUAGAGCUGCUUAUUUUGAGAAAAAUCAUGGAUCAAGAGAAUCCCUUGAAGCUCUGUUACAAAGGGCAGUGGCUCAUUGUCCAAAAGCGGAAGUUCUCUGGCUUAUGGGAGCAAAAUCAAAAUGGCUGGCCGGAGAUGUUCCUGCUGCUCGUAGUAUCUUGGCAUUGGCCUUCCAGGCCAAUCCAAACAGUGAGGAAAUCUGGCUGGCUGCUGUGAAACUUGAAAGUGAAAAUAAUGAAUAUGAAAGAGCUCGGCGACUCUUGCAAAAAGCCAGGGCCAGUGCUCCAACACCUCGGGUGAUGAUGAAGUCUGUGAAACUUGAAUGGUGCUUGGGUGAGAUUGACAAUGCGAAAAUGCUUUUGGAUGAAGCUGUAAAACAUUAUCCAGAUUUUGCCAAGCUUUGGAUGAUGAAGGGCCAAAUUGAAGAGCAACGUGGCAAUACAGACCUUGCUCGAGAUGCUUAUAAUCAAGGGUUGAAGAAAUGUCCAAAUGCUAUGCCUCUCUGGUUGUUGUUGUCGCGGCUUGAGGAGAAAGUAGGGCAACUGACCAAGGCUCGCUCAAUCUUAGAGAAAGCUCGUCUGAAGAAUCCUCACACACCAGAUUUAUGGUUAGAGGCAGUGAGAGUAGAGAACCGAGCUGGAUUGAAGAAUAUUGCUCAAACAUUGAUGGCAAAAGCCAAACAGGACUGUUCCAGUGCAGGUAUUUUAUGGGCAGAGUCCAUCUUUAUGGAACCUCGACCCCAACGCAAAACCAAUUCCGUAGACGCCUUGAAGAGAUGUGAACAUGACCCCCACGUAUUGUUAGCAGUUUCUAAAUUAUUCUGGACUGAACGAAGACUUACUAAGGCUAGAGAGUGGUUCAACCGAACAGUCAAGAUUGACCCUGAUUUAGGAGAUGCCUGGGCAUACUUUUAUAAAUUUGAGAAUCUUCAUGGCAUUGAGGAACAAAGAGAAGAUGUAAAGAAAAGAUGUAUCAAUGCUGAACCUCGUCAUGGAGAACAAUGGUGCCAAGUGUCAAAAGACAUUCGCAACUGGCGCCUGAAGACAUCAGAAGUACUUAUGUUGGUCAGUGCGGCUAUACCUGUCCCUUGCUGA